AUGAAGAACAGCGUUGCGAUUCAACAGGACCUGCUUCGAUUCAAGCUUGCUGUUCUGAACUCACCGGAAUUUACGUCCAAGGACUCGAUUCUUGGGGCUCCGGACGGAGACGUGUCUAUUUACUCCAAUAGGGGAAACAAGCUUCUGUACAGUUCAGAAGGAGUUGACUACACCAGAUUGAAUGCGCAUAGAGACGAUUUGGGUCUCGUGAAUGUUGACGAGCUGGACCCAGAAACCGGUGAGAAAAGAGCGCGACUUGUGAUACGGAGCAAGACUCAGUCGGUCGACGAUAUCAUCCAACGCCAACUUGACGAGGAAUUCGGCCAGGUUGACGAAGAGGAGAACUACAGAACAGACUUCGAUUCCGUGAACGGGCUAUUUGAUUCUGUCGAUGUGGCGGGGAUCUUGGCUCCAAUCACACACCCCGCAGACAUUGCCCAGCGCAAGAGUCUGAACGACAUAUACAAAAGCACGCACCUGGAGGAUCUCGCUGAGGAAACGAUUCGUCUCAUAGAAAAAGAGCAGGACAACGUGAUCCAGCUCAGCAAGCUGAUGAGCGUGUUUCUUGGCGAUUGUCCGGAAGAUCUGCUUGCCGACAACCUGAAGCUUCCACCGUACGACCAUAAUCUGGACUUGGACAAGCAACUUGCAACUACAGACGAAAACGGCACCGCCAAGGACAUGGACGCCACGCAAGAAGAGGACGAGACAGAGAAUACCAACGGAGAGGCUCAGGAUGUGAACAAGAUGAACGCCUUUAUCAAGGACCCAUUUCUACAGCUUCCUACGUACAAACGGGAUUUCAAUUUCGGAAUCAGCAAAGUCGAGGACGCGGAAGAGUCACGCCAAUUAAUUCAGAUAGCGCUGCAAAGAAACGAGGAAUUCAUCAGGUCUCUGACAACUAUACGCAAUGGAUUUAUUAGGGCCAACAGAAUUAAGAAUAAUAUCCACAAGUGGAGCAAAGAGAUGGCCGAGGAAAACUACGAGGAGAGCGAGGAAAGUGAGGAAUGA